AUGCCUGAAACUGCUAUUAGUAAAAGCAAGAGUGGGAGUCUUACUGAGGAGGAAAACGCUUCAGUUUCUGGAUUAGAAACACAAAGAACGACGAAUAUAUCAAGGUUACGUGAAAGGCAUCGAUUAAUUGCUGAAAGAAGAGUACCUCCAGUAACAUAUGAAUGGGAGAAGGAGAAAUGGGGAAAACGGUUGCGGUUUGGCAAAUAUGGUCUUGCAAGUGGAGUAUCUCCUGCAGAGCUAUGGCCUUCUGUUGAAGAAAUUGAAGAGGAAGAAGCGUUUGCACUCUAUAAAACUUGUAGUGAAGUACAGCGUAUUGUUAAAGAUGAAGCUGAAGCAAGAAAAGUUGCAACUACUCAGAGGUUGAAGGAAUUAGCCGACAAGGAAGCAGUGUACGCAGAACGGUUGAAAAAGUAUGAGACUUCGUUGCAAAAGAUUGUAAAACAAAAAACUGCCGAGGAAGAGAAAAUGGAAAAGAGGAUUUUAGAAAUCCAGGAAUACUUUGGAUAUAGAAUUGAUCCGAACGACCCACGUUUUGAAGUCAUGUUGGCUCAGAAGGAGGCUGAAGAAGCUAAGGUAGCUAAAGAAGCAAAACGUCAGGAAAGGUUGAGGAAAACGGUGGCAGCUGUUGCUGGAGAAGAAAGUUAA